AGGAAAGAUGGCGUGCAUAGCGGAUCAAAAUUUUUUGUAGAGUAGGGGUUGUUUUUAAAGACGUAGGCCAUUCUAACAUACGUAUAGGAGGAGGUGGCUACGGCUUAAGAACAACGACGAUCAGGCCGUGCCUUGCUUGUGAGCUGAUUUUGAUCCCUCUCUUGGUUUCACAAGCCAGAAACCAGGGGAGGAGACUCAGCAGAAACCAGUAGAAGAAAAAGAAGAAGAAGAAGAAGAAGAAGAACAUAGAAGGAAAGAAAAUGGCUGGAGGUGGGGAAGGUCCAACUCUAGAGUUCACGCCAACAUGGGUUGUGGCUGUGGUUUGCACUGUGAUCGUAGGCAUUUCUCUCGCCGCCGAGCGAGCCCUACAUUCAGGAGGCAAGUACUUGAGGAGGAAGAAGCAGAAGCCUCUGUAUGAGGCCUUGCUCAAGGUUAAAGAAGAGCUUAUGUUGCUGGGCUUCAUCUCUCUCCUCCUCACUGUUUUCCAAAACAGGAUCACCAAAAUCUGUGUGAAGCCUGAGAUUAUGGACAAGUGGCUGCCAUGCAGUCUCCAACAUAAUGAUCAAACAAAUGAGGAAAUAUAUGAUGCCCAUUUUUCCACCUCCUUGUCUGGGGGCAUUGCUGGGCAAACCAGGAGGCUUCUUGCUGCUGGAGGUGAGGCUCAACAGGGGUACUGUGGAAAAAAGCACAAGGUACCUCUGUUAUCAGUUGAGGCAUUCCACCACCUGCACAUCUUUAUCUUUGUCCUAGCCAUUGUCCAUGUGACCUUCUGUGCUCUCACUAUUGUUUUCGGAGGGUUAAAGAUACAUCAAUGGAAAAAGUGGGAGGAUGAACAUUCAAAAGAGAUUAAUGAGGCAGAUGAAGUUCAAGUAAAGAUCACCCAUGUCCAGGAGCAUGAUUUUGUCAAGGACCAUUUUUGGGGUAUUGGUAAAAAUUAUUAUCUGAUGGGUUGGCUACAUUCUUUUCUCAAUCAGUUUUAUGGAUCGGUGACCAGAUCAGACUACUUGACUUUGCGACUGGGUUUCAUUACGACCCAUUGCAGGGGUAACCCCAAGUUUAAUUUUCACACGUACAUGGUUCGCGCCCUUGAAGAUGAUUUUAAAAGAGUCGUUGGUAUCAGUUGGUAUCUGUGGAUAUUUGUGGUCCUCUUCAUGCUUAUGAAUGUUGAUGGCUGGCACGCAUACUUCUGGAUUGCAUUCGUUCCUUUCUUUCUUCUUCUUGCUGUCGGCGCUAAGCUGCAGCAUGUAAUCACCCAGUUGGCUCAUGAGGUUGCUGAGAAACAUAUAGCCAUAGAAGGGGAACUAAUAGUUCAACCAUCAGACGAACACUUUUGGUUUGGCAAGCCCAAAUUUGUUCUCUUCUUGAUCCAUUUCAUCCUUUUCCAAAAUGCUUUCGAGAUGGCAUUUUUUUUCUGGAUAUGGGUUCAAUAUGGUUUUACCUCUUGCAUAAUGGGAAAAGUGAAGUACAUUAUCCCCAGGAUUGUUAUUGGGGUGUUCAUUCAGGUGCUCUGUAGUUACAGUACACUUCCACUUUAUGCCAUUGUGACACAGAUGGGAACCAAUUUCAAGAAAGCGAUAUUUGACGAAGACGUACGCUUGGGACUUGUUGGUUGGGCUAAAAAAGCUAAGAGAAGGAAGGCAAGCAUGGAUGGCUCCAGCUCUGGCAUUGGUUCUGACGUGGGAGUUCAGCUAGGCAAAGUUAACCAAAAGACCACUACGAAGGGCUGAGCAGCUCUUCAUGGCAAGAUAUGUGUACUUUUUGUAGAGUCAAUGUUAAAUAUAGCAAUAGUUGUCACCACAUUGAAAAUUCUGCAUAAGGCAUGAAGAACUAAAAAUCAAUCGUAUAUUACUACGAAUCACAAUAUCUUUUGGGCUCGGGAUGUAGGAUUAUAUUCAGGAAUUAAUCAAAUUAUUAUAUAUGCAUUAUGCUAUGCAGCUUUGCCUAUUUCUGCAUGCAUAAGCAUUUUUCUAGCA